CAUCCUCGCCUGCCGUCGUCGUCGUCCCCGUCGCUCUCAAACCGCACUUUUCGCGCUUUCAAGACCCCCACAAAUCAAGAAUAAUGGACAAGUCCCUUGAUGAGAUCGUCGCCACCAACCGCACCGGCAGGGGUGGUCGUCGUACCUCGGCUCGCCGCAAUCCCCGCUCGCAAAUCGUUGGGACUGCCCCAGUUCCAUCUCCGGUCGCCCGCGCUCGCGUCGCCGCCGUCAAGACAACGCCAGUCGUCGUCCCCUCCGCCGCCGCCACCCAACCCGCUGCCGACAAAAUCAUCGUCUCCAAUCUUCCCCCGGAUGUGAACGAGGCACAAGUCAAGGACCUAUUCCACUCCACCGUCGGCCCCCUUCGUGACGUUACUCUUCAUUAUGACGCCGCCGGUCGUUCCAAGGGUGUCGCCUCGGUGCACUUCCAGAAGCGCGGUGAUGGCACAAAAGCAUACCAGACUUACAACAAUCGGCUCAUCGAUGGCAGUUAGUAUUGGCCGCUUUACCUCUUUCAGACAUUUCUCUUCCAGCGUUCGCGUUGCUUCAGCUGCGACCAUCAUGCCCUUCAUCUUGAUUCGUCCUGCGCUCGGAGGGUUCCGUUGCUGUCUCCUCGGGACAAUCCGGUCAUCAUCAUCGUUGGGCCAUAUUCGCUUGGAUUUCCUUCAUGACGGACGAGGUCACUCCCGGAUCAUUCGACCGGGGUGUUUCGCUGAAGACCUGAAUAUCCUUCCUAGCGUAUCCUAUCGUUUCGAUUCGAUUUUGCGUGGAGAUGUAGCCCUGUCCUUCAAUCCCCGAUAUGGUAUGCCUCAGGCGCCGUGGUCUGAUCAACCUCGUGUGCUUUUCCCUGGCUACCCGGCGGAGGACAGGAGAGGCCUUGCAGGGGUUCCCAGCCGACAGGCAGGUCGAGCCGAGCAUGGUUUCUUUGCGGAUUUUAGGGUGGAUUCUCGGAUGGGGAAGGGGUUUGGCGUUUGUAGACGAGAGUGGAGAGAAGUUGUAGGCACCGACAACGCCCUUCUAGUUCGGUCCGCUUGGAACCGUCUCUUGGAGUCGCUUGGAGGACGUGCUGCAUCUGAUUGCGGGGGGCCCAACAUGACUGUUCUCGGAGGAAUUCGGGUAGAACGAGGCUGAACAGCAACGGACGCCCUCGACUUGGAGCUCUUGUAUGGAUGAGUCUUGGUGGAGGGCAUUUUAGUUUUCAGCUCGCCUCAACUGCUGCUCGCGCUUCUCGUCUUCAAAUUCCUCCGUUUGACUCUUGCAUCGCCCUAACCUGAACGCCCGACUGACCAAACAAAUCUGCUUCUUUCCUUAUCCCACCUCGCUCCAUUACUCCGUGCAUCACCCGACAUGUACAGAACGUCCCAUGAAGAUCGAAGUCGUUGUCGACCCCUCCCGCCUUCCCCCCGUACCGUCCCUCGCUUCCCGUGUGGCACCCGCCCCCAAGGCUGUCGCUCCUGUCGUCGCUGCUCCCGGCAGGUCGGUCAAACCUCCUGUGCCGUUCGCGAAGCAAGUCUGAUCCUCCUUAUUUCCCGUUAUUCUUUCAGGCGUCCUGCUGGAGGCCGUGGUGGUCGCCGUGGCGGAGGAAGGGGAGGCCGCCCCAAGGGUGAGCGUACCCCCAAGAGUGUCGCCGACCUCGAUGCCGAGAUGGAGGACUACACCGCUAGCAAUGGUACCGCGGCACCCGCUGCUGCCACUGCCGCUUAAUUUCUUAGUCUUAUAUGGACUCGUCAUCAUUUCCAGUAGUUUGAGCGAUAUUUUUGCAUCCAUGCUUACUCUUUCUUGUGGUCGGUUACGGCUUCUGUUUUCUGUACUUUACCUACUCUCCUGGCUCGUUUGAUCACACCUAACCUCUCAGUAACAUAUCUUCAAAUCAUGGUCUGGUCCGGCAGGUUGUAUACCCGUCGUGUGGCUUGUAACCCAGAAUAUAUCGAGGACCUUUGGGCACCUAAUAUAGACCGCGCGAUCGGGGUACC